AUGAGAAUCACGGAAACCGACGAAGCCGAGAAGUCGUCGGGCCGAGAGGAGGAGGAAAAGGACGAAAAGGAGUACGAAGACGACGAGAAGGACGACGCCAGAGAGGACGCAAAAGAGGACGAGAAGGAAGACGACGGCAUCGAAAAGGACUCGCCCCCAUCCCCACCCUCGGACGCGACAAAGCCGAAGCAAUGCCGCGACUGCGACACCCGCCACGCCUCCGACCCCCACACCUGCCCCCUCUACAACCCCCACCUCCGCAUCCUCGACACCGAACUCCCCGACCCCUCCGUCUUCCCCCGGGACAAGGACGGCCUCUGCUACGCGGAGGCCUCCCUCCCCAAGGCCCUCCGCCUCCAGAAGCUAGGCGAGGGCGAGGGCGUCCUCCACACCGUCUGCGUCCUCGCCGGGACGAAGCUGAGGAAGUUCACGCAGCUGGGUCCGCUGCUGGGUGAAAGGAUCCAGGAGGCAGACAUCCGAGAGGACUUCCUCAUGAAGCACCUCUGGGAGAGGCGUUUCGACACUUCUUCGUCCGUGAGAGCCUUUUCCACACCCACCCACAUCCCCCCUUAUCCACUCCCACGUCCGACUCCUCCCCAGGUGUUCGCAGAGACGGGAAAAUUCUACGUGAGCACGGGAGACCCGAACAAGAGCAACUGGGUCCGUUACGUCCGCCCCGCCAUGACCCGCUCCGGGAAGAACCUCCUCGGCGUCGUCAGGGACCAGGAACUCUUCUUCCUCACGACGAAGGACAUCGGGGAGGGGGAGGAACUCCGCUAUUGGAUCGAGGAUCCCAACUCCACGCCGCUCAAGAAGAAGAAGCUCGACAAGGCCUGUAAGCUGCGCGGUUCCGCGUGCGGGGGCUGCGGGAUGACGUUCACGUACCCGCUGUACUACCGGCUGCACAUCUCCGUGUUCCACGAUCCGGAGCAGCCGCUCAACAUCCGGAAGUACUACUGCAAGGUCUGCGGGGUCGCCGUGCUCGGCAAGGACAACAUCAUGAAGCACGCCGCCGAGAUGCAUCACGGCAGGGGGGCCUACCAGUGCCAGUUCUGCAAGAAGUUUUUCUUGAGGUUGAGCUACUUGGACAUCCACCGGAACUACGGGUGCAAGGAGAAUCCUCAGAGGACUCGACCGCUCUGCGACUUUUGCGGCCGGAAAUUCUGCCAGCCCCAGAAGCUCAAGGUCCACAUCAAACGAAUGCACAGCGACAUGACGGAGGUUCUGCGAGAAUUCCAGUGCAAGCACUGCCUGAAGCUCCUCGGCUCCCGCGCCGCCCUCCAGCGGCACAUGAAGGAGGUCCACCAGCGGAGCCUGAGCAUCGGGGUCUCCUGCGAGCAGUGCGGGAAGACCUUCCAGAACAAGUCCAACCUGAAGAUCCACAUGCUGACGCACUCGGGGAUCAAGCCGUUCAAAUGCGAGGCGCCAAGCUGCGAAUCCGGCUUCACGACGAAGCAAUGCCUCCAGUUCCACUACCGCAAGAGCCACGGCUACACAGAAGAGAACAUGCCGCCCAUCAACCGACUCAUUCCCUACACGUUCGACGCCUACUCGGGCGGGAAGAUCGUGGAUCCGGCGAGGGGGAAGCUCCCGGACCAGGCCGCGGAAGACUCGACGUCCAAGCCCUCGUCCACCAUCGACGACUACAUCGCCGAGUACUCCGAAGGGGCGAAGCUGCUCACCAAGGCAAGCCGGAAGUGGGUGGGGGAGCAGGAAGACCCGGAAGACGAGGACGGAGACGACGAAGAGGACGAAGAAGAAGAAGAAGAAGACGAAACGCAGAACGCCGCGAGCGACGUCUACGCCUUCAACGACGAAGGCGCGAGAAAAGACUGGCAACCGGAAGACGAAAAGAAGCAGACGGAAUCGGAGAACGAACCAUCCAGCCCCUGCCACCCGAGUUCCACCGCCCCCGGCAUGGAAUCCAGCAGUCCCCGAGCCAGAGCGCCCAGCCCGAUCGAGAACCAGAUCCCCAAUCAGCGUAACGAAGCGGUGACCUCCACCACUCAAUUGAGCGACGAAAACUGCACACCCGAGAGCAAUCCCUCCCCCCAGAUGACCUCCUCUCAGGCAGAGGCUCAGAACCUGAGCGUGACCUCCACCCAGCCGUCUCUGGCCAACGACAACGAUCAAGAACGGGUCGAGGAACUGCAGCGAGCCCAGUCUCAGGACCCCGUGAAUUCCGCUCCCCUCACCCCUCUCAACGGCUUGGACAUGUCCUACAAGGUCGCCGAGUACCACCAAGACCACGAACAAGCCCAGCACCAGCAGUACCAACACCGCGAGCAGACCUACCACGAAACCCGUGCCGUCGAAAUGCACCACCAAAUCGAGAGAAAAGAGAUGUCCCUCCAGUCGACUGACCCCCAGACGAGCCUCGCGUUCUCGAUGGACCCGAGAAACUUCGGCGGAUCGGACGGAACCAGAGGAAACACCGCGGCGACCAUGUCGUAUCCGUCGUACGAAGAAAUGCCGGCACGUCCGUUGAGCGUCCAGCCGACGGGGUCGAUGACCCCCACGUUUCAGGGAAUGCACGCCACAUCGACGGGGUAUCAUCACACGUUUCCCAGGUCGGAUCUACCUCUUCAUCGCUACUCCGAGAUGGCUCGAAACGGCGCCGCCUCGACCUACGACUUGGACUCUCGACCGGCGAGUCACAGCAUGGAUCUCUCCACGAAUCGCGAAUUACCUCGACCGCAUUCCAACUUCAGUUACGCCCACCACGCCGACAUGCUCCGACACCCCUCCGCUUAUCGUUUGGACUCCUUCGGUCACUCCCCUCACCGCAGCAUGGACCUAUCCCUGUCUCGCGAUCAAGGUCAAUACCUACACGACACGGGACGAAGCAACCCCAUGUUCGGCUACCACACCUCGGAAGCAGCGGCUGCCUCGCGGGUCAUGUCCCCGUACACGCGCGGCAGCCACGUGGGCGAGAUGAUGUCUGCGCAUGCGCUCACCUCCCACCUGGAUCACGUGACCCGGAUGACCAAUCAGAUGGCGGCGCCUCCGCCGUCCCCAUACCAGUCGUAUCCCGUUCCCCCUGCCUCCCCCUACCACAGAGCUGCUCCUCCCGCGGGGAAUCCUCCUCCCGCUUCUUCCACCGCCUAUCAUCAUUAUUCGGGGUAUUAUUGAACUCGUUUUCGGUGUGGCUCGUUCCAAAAAAAAAUUCGCUUCUCGCUCGACGCCUGCAAUCGUUUUCCAAGUGUGGAUCGACGUACAAUCGACCUCGUAGUACAACAGACGUUUGGUUCAUUUUAUACUUCCAACUUUUUCUUCGUGUAUUAUGACUCGUUUCUUACGUGCCAAAUUCUGGGAUGUUGAACCUGAAUAAAGUCG